UUUUGUUGAGGAUAAUUACAUCAUUGCAUCGGCUGCGAUGCGUGUCGGUAUUUCAUAAUCUCAUUCCAAAAUCUAAAUUUGCAUUUAAUUUUUUUUUCUUUUUUCUGUUGAUUUCAAAAUGUUCUCAAAAACCCAAAAAGCGACGGAUAAGAUGAGAUUAUUUUUGCAAAACAAGGUGGAUUGCUCAGUGUUUCUUCGGUUCUUGAGCAUGAGCCACAAGAAGAGCUCCAAAAUUCAGGCUAUCUACGACCUUUGUAAAAAGAGUUUAACUCCCGCGAACUCUCCACUUUCUUCUCAAACUAUCAAGAAUCUAUGUUCCCUUUUGGAUACGGUUGGCGUGGGGGAUGUUGGGCUUAAAGAAGAGAAUGCUGAUGACGACCGAGGGCAUGGACUUUUUGGACUGAGCCAAUUGAAUAGGAUAGCUCGAUGGGCUCAGCCAAUAACAUACGUUGACAUAUUUGAAUGUGAAAAUUUUACGCAGAUAUGUAUAUUUUGCUUUCCAACUUCUUCAGUCAUCCCACUUCACGACCAUCCUGGGAUGACUGUGUUCAGCAAAGUUCUCUAUGGUUCUCUUCAUGUCAAAGCAUAUGACUGGGUGGAACCUCCCUUCAUUCACGAAAGCAAGGGAUCCACGUAUUUUUCAGCAAGGUUGGCUAAGUUAGCCGUUGAUAAAGUUCUAACGGCAUCAAGUGCAACGUCAGUUUUGUACCCGAAGGCUGGAGGUAAUCUACACUGUUUCACUGCGAUUUCGCCUUGUGCUGUGCUUGAUAUUCUUUCGCCUCCUUAUAACGAGGAUAAAGGAAGACGAUGUACGUACUACCACGACUACCCUUAUUCAACUAUUUCUGCAGAUACCAAACUCUAUCUAAAUGAUGAAGAAGUGGAAGAUCAUGCCUGGCUUGCAAAAAUUGAGACCCCCGAUGAUCUAUAUAUGCGACCUGGAAUGUAUGUUGGUCCUGCUAUUCAAACUUAGGUGUCAAAUAAUAAUCCGGGGUUAUUGAAGUUCUUCCAACAUCUACCAGGAAAGCUACCUCUACCCAUAGUUUUACUUACAAGAUUAGCUCUUGAGAGGGAACUUGGUUUCGUAUAGUGCUCUUUAUGCUGAUUUUACCCCAUAUACUCUUUGGCACAGUAUUUAUAUAACGCAAAAGCUUAACUUAGUUGCAUGUUUUACCUUGGAAACUGGUAGAUAUAGAUGCAAGCAGUUGUUCAUUAUGUGUGAAAAUGUUGUUACGUGCUUUUACAUUUUCUUUUGGAAGUAGAUGCCUACUUUUGCUUGGUUACUAUUAUUUGUUUAUCAAUUGUUGAUGACAUACUCUAGAUGAACUAAUCAAACUUCUGAUAUUUGGCGCUAA